UUUUUUUAACAGAUCUGGUGGAAGUUUUAUCUUUUGUUUGACCCCACCACACCAUUGGAUCUCUCUCUCUAUACAUAACACAUUCAUCAGAGUUACAGAGAGUUUAUACGAAAGCAGAAGAAGCAAUUAUGAAGAACUGUGAGAAAUUUGCGAAUCUCGCUCUCGCAGGUUUGACAUUGGCACCACUCGUGGUGAGAGUAAAUCCAAAUUUGAAUGUUAUCCUUACGGCAUGUAUCACUGUUUAUGUGGGUUGCUUUCGUUCAGUGAAGGAUACUCCUCCAACGGAGACCAUGUCUAAAGAACAUGCCAUGCGUUUCCCAUUGGUUGGGAGUGCUAUGCUUCUCUCUCUUUUCUUAUUGUUCAAGUUUCUCUCAAAGGACUUGGUCAAUGCUGUUCUAACAGCUUACUUCUUUGUUCUUGGGAUUGUCGCUCUUUCGGCGACAUUGUUACCUGCCAUCAGAAGAUUUUUGCCUGAUCCUUGGAAUGACAACCUUAUCAUCUGGCGUUUUCCGUAUUUCAAAUCUUUGGAGGUAGAGUUCACAAAGUCCCAAGUUGUUGCAGGAAUCCCUGGAACCUUCUUCUGUGCGUGGUAUGCGUGGAAAAAGCAUUGGCUGGCUAACAAUAUUCUCGGCCUUUCCUUCUGCAUUCAGGGAAUUGAGAUGCUCUCUCUUGGAUCAUUCAAGACUGGUGCCAUCCUUUUGGCAGGACUAUUUUUCUAUGAUAUCUUCUGGGUUUUCUUCACUCCGGUUAUGGUUAGUGUUGCCAAAUCCUUUGAUGCUCCAAUAAAGCUUUUAUUCCCUACGGGCGAUGCUCUAAGACCCUAUUCUAUGCUUGGCCUUGGUGACAUUGUCAUUCCCGGUAUUUUUGUUGCACUUGCUCUAAGAUUUGAUGUGUCAAGACGUAGACAACCACAAUACUUCACAAGUGCAUUUAUCGGAUACGCUGUUGGUGUUAUCCUCACGAUUGUAGUCAUGAACUGGUUUCAAGCUGCACAGCCUGCUUUGUUAUACAUUGUCCCAGCCGUAAUUGGGUUCUUGGCUUCUCACUGCAUUUGGAACGGUGACAUCAAACCGUUGAUGGCGUUUGAUGAAUCAAAGACCGAGGAACCAAAGACUGAUGAAUCAAAGACAAGUGAUGAUGUUAACAAAGCUCAUGAUGAAUGAGGCAAAAUCGAGAAAGAAGGGCAAAGGAGAAAUAUAUAUACACAUGAAUGUGUUUAAAAAUAUGGAAAAAGAAAGGAAAACAGUUUUGUUUCCAAAUGAUCAAUCAGUCCCUUCUAACCCCUUUUUUGGUUUAUUAGAUUUUCAAACUUUCUUUUGUCAAAGACUUGUGUAAGUUACUACUAUUAAGUUACAACAGAUUUGAUUUUGACCUUUUAAGAUAAUAGGUUUUCUU